AUGCUGGCCUGGCUCCGGUUGAGGCGACGGGUGCUGGUGAUCGGCGGCAGUUUCUCCGGCCUUGCCGCCGGCCGUGACCUGGCCAACCACUUCCUGGUGACGAUCAUCGAUGCCAAGGAGCCUUUCGCGGAGACAGAGUUUUUCGAGUACACUCCGGGCGUGCUGCGGGCCUACGUGAAGCCGAAGCACUUGGAUGCCUUGACCUUCACGCUGCAGCCAGUGAUCGAGACCCGCAUGGGCUGCAAGUUCAUCUGGGGCGAGGUUAAGGAGCUGAAUGGCGACGAGAAGACCGCCACCUACAAGCCCAUGUUCGUGUCGGGACGGGAAACCAUCGACUUCGACUACUGCCUCAUCUGCGCCGGCUGCAACUUCGGCCCUUUCCACAAGUGGGGUGAGUCUCUGUGGUUCCCCACCAUCCAUGAGGAUGCGCGGCCUGAAGGCUCUUGGCCGCACCUCGAUGAGCGAUUCUUGGAGGGUCGACGCCGCCACAUCCUGGAAGAGUUCAACUUCAUCAAGAGCCUGAACGACAAGAGUGCCACGAUUUUGGUGGUGGGUGCGGGCUUCAUUGGCGUGGAGUGGGUCACGGAGCUCCAGCACUUCUUCCCGAGGCUGAAGCUGACGAUCAUCGACUUCCUGCCACAGCCCCUCGGCCCACUGCCGGCCAACGCGGCCAAGUACUGCGAAAAGUACAUGAACAAGGUGGGCAUCAAGCAGUUCUACAACACCAAGUACGAUGCUAAAGACCCCGAGUUCUGGAAGAAGAUCGAUCUGCCAAGUGGGCCCGACAAGGAGUACGUGUGCAUCGGUGUGAAGGCAUCGAAUUACUUCAUGCCCAAGGAGACACUCAGCGAGAAGGGCCCUGGUGGUGGUGGCUGGAUCCUCAUGGAGCAGAACCUGGCCGUGAAGACCCGCGACGGCAAGAGGUGGGGAGCUGACGAGAAGGGCUUCCCGCGCAUCUAUGCGGUGGGCGACUGCAACUACUCCUGCGUUGAGGAGCCAGGCAAGAAGCCCAACGAGUGGCCCAUCCCGCCCAUCCCCAAGAUCUCCUACCCGGGCGAGGAGAUGUGCAUUGUGGCGUGCACGAACAUCGAAAAGACGGACCGGCUGCUGUUCCAGAACAAGACCGUCGACUGCUGCGGCGACCCGCUGAAGGUCGCCGACCUGCACUGGCCUUGGGGGGCGGGCAUGUUCGCCACCUCGCUGGGCCCUGAUGACGCUUGCUUCGUGGCCGGCGCCAACUGGGAGAAGAACUCUGGCCUCAUGUGCGUCUGGGGCCAGGUCUGCGCCGUCCAGAAGGAGGUCAUUGAGGCAUCCAAGACCGAUGAGUGCGCUUACGGCUUCAUCGGCCGCUGCAUCUGGUACUUCGUGCACCACACCCCGGUGCACCUCUUCGGCGGCGGCCCGCGCUGGGGCUACUGA